AUGUCAGACAAGCAUGCUGCUGCCGUGGUGAAGCUCAAUGUCAAGGUGCGCCCACGCCACAUCCCCCACUUCGCCGGCCACAAUGUCACACUCGAAGAUUUGUACGCCCUAGAGGAGUCAGUCGAGUGGCUCGACCGCUUGCUCGCCGCACUCCACGACCUCGCACUCGACGCACCUCCCGACCUCCGCGGUGUCGCGCAGCGGAACCUCGUCACCAUAAGCGACCUACACGUCGAGAAAGAGAGCGAGUGGGACCGGGUGGCUGCCGAGCUGUACGGCGCCGACCCGAGCGACCACGAUAGUUACGCCACCGAGACUGACGUCGAAGAAGAUGGACAACUCAGCGACGAAGGGAGUAGCCAUGACGGCGACAGUGACAGCGACGACGACGGAGACGAUGACACUGGCGACGUGCAAGGUCAAUUUCUGCCCGUUCGCCUCCAUCUCUCGCCACCACCCGAGCACCGUGAAUAUCGCGUCAUGAGCCCUCCGCCGACUUUCCUGGAAAACCGAGCUCUAGUUCGCCCCAGUCCUGGACAGCCAUCAAGUGCCUUCGCAUUCAACGGCCAAGCACCCAGAGACAAUGACGUUCGACGAGGGACUUGCACAGUGGUAUCCACCGUUGUUCAGUUUGCCUCGCACAGAACAACUUUGAAUACAACCGAGCAAGGCGCCGCCUUGUCUCGCAACCACCACCUCCGAUACGACGCACCUUUGGGCCGCGCCGACCACGUCUCAGCCCCACUCACCACAAGCGGCUACCGAGCGCUAUCUCACCGUCAGCCUUGGACACAUGCACCGAAGACGGACAACCAGAGGGGAAAGAAGAGAUCACUGGAGGUUGAGGAAGUCAAGGAAGAGGAGGUCGGUGGAGAGCCCCGGAAGAGGCACGCCGCGAACAAGGAGAACGUUGCUGCCGGCCCCAGCGAGGACGACGAUGACGACCGUGCCCACGAGGGUCCCAGGCCUAAGCGCAGCAGACCCAGCCCAGUCCGCCCGUCCUUCUGCCACCCGUCUCGCCAUGUGGAGAACCGUGACCGAGCCCGCGCGGCAGGUGCUGCCAGCGUGCAGACAGCUGCGCCCGCCGCGGUCGUUGCUUCGCCUCCCCCUACGCCAGCCGCGCCGGUCGUUGUGCCGGUUCCCGCGGUUGCUGCACUGGCCGCGCAGCCGGCUCAAGGUGCCUUCGUCGUCAUACCGCCUCCGCCUGCCGCGCCAGCUCUGCCCGCCCCUACCUACCUCCCGCCAAUCGUCCAGGUACUUGCUGGUCUCCCUAACCCACCAUAA